UGGUAAAGUGUCAGAUAGCGCUGUAUGUAGCAACGGUUGAAAACACGUCACCAACAUAUUUUUUAGUAUAUUUACAAUUAUUUAAGUUUUAUGAUAGUACUUAUAAACAGUUGUAUUAAAAUAAUGCUAUUGUAUUGAAUAAUUGCACAAGAGUUAACUACGGUGUGUAGUACACCGUAACUGAUGUACAUUAGUGAAAUGCUUGGUCGAGAGAUAUGGAAGCUUUCUUAACCUAACUUUCACAUUUGACCUGCUGACUAAAAGACGAAACCAUGAUGUCAAAUGGAGUAAAAAGUCCUAAUAAAGACACGGGAAAUAGCAAGAGUUGCACGAGUAACAUUAAUGGUGCUUCUUUAUCAUCAUCAACAUAUAGUUCGCCUUUAAUGAAAUUUUCUUCGUACUUCUUAGCUGUACGACCAUGGUCAUUGAGCGCAUCACUUAUGCCAACGUUUCUGGGAUCUGCGUUGGCCUACCGACUAACCGGUUGGGAUAGUUUUAGUUUUAUCUUAUUUGUUCUAACACUGGGCACAAUUAUAUCAGUUCACGGAGCUGGUAAUGUUGUUAAUACAUAUUUUGAUUAUAUCAAAGGAGUUGACAGCAGCGGUAAAAGCGAUGAUAGAAUUUUAGUUGAUCAUUUAUUAUCUAAAGAUGAAUUAGUAUCUUUAGGAACAUUUUUAUAUGCCGUAGGAUGUCUCGGUUUUGUAUUAUUGGCGAUGAUUUCACCAGCGAAAAUGGAACACCUAGCACUUGUGUUCUUCGGUGGGUUAUCAUCGUCUUUUCUUUAUACAGGAGGUAUUGGUCUUAAAUAUAUUGCGCUAGGUGAUGUUAUAAUACUUGUCAUUUUUGGACCCAUAUCUGUAUUAUUUGCUUUUAUGGUACAGACUGGUUUCAUUCAAUGGGGAACUUUUUAUUAUGCGAUACCACUAGCUUUGAAUACUGAGGCUAUUUUACACAGUAAUAAUACACGAGAUUUAGAGAGCGAUAGAAGAGCAGGAAUUGUAACACUUGCGAUACUUAUUGGACAAACAGCGUCACAUCUUUUAUAUCAAUUUUUACUAUUCACACCCUAUAUAACUCUUGCUGUAUGGGCAUGCAGAUAUUCAUUGUGGUUUCUUUUGCCAAUAAUAACGCUACCAAAAGCCUUUAAAAUAGAAAAACAAUUUCGCAGUCAACAUACAAUACAAAGUGUGCCUAAACAAACGGCUAGAUUAAAUAGUAAUCUUGGUAUUUUGUAUGUUGUGGCUUGUCUUUUGGUCAAGCCUCUUCCAUAUCUGUAAUUUUUUUACACAUCAUUAUCAAUUGUAAUUAAUAUUAUUUUUAUUUUAAUCGAAUUGUUUAAUGGGUAGCUAUUGUGAAAGUGAAAAGAGAUCAUUUAAUUAUAAAUAAAAAUGCUGAAUAAAUAAUUGUAACAAAAAAAAAAAAA